AUGGCAGUGGGAGCUAUCAUCUUCUACGAGGACAGGAACUUCCAGGGACGCUCCUAUGAGUGCAGCAGCGACUGCCCCGAGCUUUCUCCCUACCUGAGCCGCUGCAACUCCUGCAAGGUGGAGAGCGGCUGCUUCAUGGUGUAUGACCAUCCUAACUUCAUGGGCCAGCAGUACUUUGUUAGGAGGGGCGAGUACUCCGACUACCAGCGCAUGGGCAUGAGCGACUCCAUCAAAUCCUGUCGCCUCAUUCCACAGCACAGAGGUUCUUACAGGAUGAGGAUGUACGAGAGGGAGAACUUCGGCGGGCAGAUGCACGAGCUGAUGGAAGACUGUGAGUCCAUCCAGGAGCGCUACCGCAUGUCCGACAUGCAGUCCUGCAACGUGCUGGAUGGCCACUGGCUCAUGUACGAGCAGCCCCACUACCGUGGCAAGAUGAUGUACCUGAGGCCCGGCGAGUACCGCAACUGGAGAGACAUGGGCAUGAGCAGCAUGAACAGGGUCAGCUCCAUGAGACGCAUCAUGGACUCCUGCUAG